UCUAUUCGUUGUCAAAAGCUUGUCUUCUCUCGAAUCCACAGAUGUUAUCGAUAUCUUAAUGCCUCAUGGUAUUAUUCUAUUGGUAUACGACCACUCUUAUUCGGAAAGAUCUCGAGCUAUCGACAGGGGGUCGGAGUCGGAAUCGAUAUUUACUCCCCUAAAAAUUGUAUUAUAUAAAGUGCUGCUUCAAAUGUUUGAAAAUUCGAUAGUAGAGCAGUACUCUGGAGAUUGCACCGGGUCUGUUAAUUUCCUCGAAAAGCAGCAGCUAUUCCGUUGA